UGCAAAUAAAUAUUGUGAAAAUGAGAUUACUAUUUAUAUUUAUUGAGAAUAUAUUUUUUAAUAACGUUAAUAUUAGAUUUACACGUUCGUAAGAAUAAUUAUAAGGUUAGAAACGAUUUUUUCAGCAAAUUAUUGGAUAAACGUACCUUUUUCCUACAUCAUUGAAUUUACAAUCGAUUUGAUCUAUGCUAUCUCGUAGAGAAAAGUUAUACGAUAAUAAGAAGAAGUUGCCAGUGAGGUUAGGAUUAAAAAUUCACUGAAUACAUCAACAAUGCAAAUUUCUGUAUCUUCAAGUUUCUCAAAAAUGUAUCUUGUAAAGUCUGAUGAAGUGUAUUCAAAUAAGACUAUUUUGCAGUUUGGAGAAAAAAUAAAAACGUCACUGAAGAUGAUAUUAAAAGAAAUGUAUAAGUUUUUUAUGUUCAACAAUUUUUCCUUAGAAAUUGUAAAAGCAAUCGGAUAACAACAAGGAUAAUGAAAAGAAUGGAAAUAAGACUUAGACCUUCUUUACCUGAGACUGUUAUAUUGACUGUGAGGUUAUUUUACAGAGAUUUGAUAAAUUCAGAUCUAGUGAAGAAAUGUCUUGCAGAGAAAGCACUAUGUUAAUGAAUUGUUCAAUAAUGUUAUAUGAACAAGAUUAUCAAAAAAUGUAUUUGUGGAGUCUCAUACAUUGAAGCUUGGAAUAUAUAUGAUGCUAUCAUCCUAUUUAAUGGUGAUAAUUCAGGCAGAUUGGAAGAGAUAAGGGAUAAAAUGGUCAUACUAAAGGAAUUGAAUCAAAAAUUAAUUUGGAAAAGUAGAAACGAUGAAAGUGUCAUUAAAAGAGAAUGAACAAGAAGUGUCUUUUAAGAACGUCAACAAUCAUUUAGGAAAAAAGUAAAAUUAUGGCCAAAAUAUGGCCAAAAACUAUGGCCAAAGUAUAUUUAUAAUUUGAGGAAUAAACUUUAUUGGAAAAUUAUUGAUCGAGAAAUUGUUGAGAAUAUAUCACGAUAUCAGCUGCAUUUAUCUUUUGAUACGUUCAAAAAAAGGGAAGAAUGUGUUGAUUGUUGACGAGAGCUUUUUUGAAAAUGCGCUUCUCGCACUGGACCAGCGAUGACAGACGAUUCGCACGGAGGAAAUGUCAGCCGUCUUAUCCUUGUUGUCUGAACUAUAGAGAUCCACUGGUCGCGAUGAAUAAAAGGCGAUGGCACUAGGCUAAGAUACCGUUGUAGGACGUCAGCAAAAUACCGCUUGUCGCUUUCUCACAAAUUAAUGGGAGAACGUGCGUUCUUUCAAAGGAUCCCGUGAGAAAUGGAGAAUUAGCCGAACUGAUUGCUUGAGAGCUUAGACGUUGUAAGUCUGAAAGAUGGAACUUGACCCCUCAGAUGUUGUGGGUCUGAAAGAUGUAAUUUGAAUGCCUUUUUACCUAUUUUGAACUAUCCACGUAAACUUAAAUGAGAUUGGUAUAGGGCGGAGUUUGACCUAUGGAAAGGGAAAGAAUAAAUGCCCCAUUGGUCGAGGAUAGUUUGUUGGAAUGUUUGAACAUUCCAUGUGUGCUCCUUUGUUCUAAUGAUCGUGAUUGGAGUAUGACAAUGGAUAGUUCAUGGCUAGGUGCAGAUAGCCCUUAGCUUAUCGAGUCUAGGCUUCUACUUUUACUGUUUAUUUAUUGAUCGAGUCGACACAUUAUCGAAACCCAGGUUCCCAAGGAUAACUGUUUCCAAUGGUGUUAUAUGAUCCUUAAGAGAAAGUAUCGUGAACAAUGGAGAGAUGCACAUGUACGUCAACGCAAGGAAGAAUUCAUUGAAGAUUUCAUAUCUAUGGAAAUGUAAAAAUGAUGAAAAAGCUGUGGAAAAGAAACGAACAGGAUAAUAAUGAUGACAUAGAUAGUUUUAAGACAAUUGACAAGGAUUUGUCUUACGUAAAUUUUGAUAAAUUGACACCGAUACAAACGUUUUAUCAUGGAGAAAGUAUAUUAAUAACCGGUGGAACAGGAUUUCUUGGAAAAUUAUUAAUCGAAAAGUUAUUAAGAGGAUGUCCAGGUAUAAAGUGUAUUUAUUUAUUGAUACGUUCAAAAAAAGGGAAGGAUGUGUCUCAGCGCUUGGAAGAGAUGUUUGAGAAUGUGUUAUUUUCAAGACUUAAGGAGAAAGAACCGACAUUUCGAAAUCGAAUAAUCCCAAUCGAAGGCGAUUGUAGCUUAUCGAAUCUUGGUAUAUCGAUAAUCGACAAUGCUGAACUCAUAAAAGAGAUAUCUAUUAUUUUUCAUGUUGCUGCAACUGUAAAAUUUAACGAGAAAAUAAAAUUGGCGACGGCUAUCAACGUUCGAAGUUUGAAAGAUUUGAUAAACUUAUCGAAGAACAUGCCGAAAUUAAAGAGUUUCGUUCAUGUAUCAUCUAUUUAUGCCAAUUGUAUGCAGAGUUUGAUUGAAGAGAAAUUUUACGAACCACCGAUGGAUCCUGAUAAAUUGAUAAAUUUGGUUGAAAGCAUCAAUGAAAAAUUACUCGAUGAAAUUACACCACGAUUACUCGGUAUAUGUCCGAAUUCUUACGUGUACACGAAAGCUGUUGCCGAGAAUGUCGUGAAAAAGAAUAUUGGGAUAAUACCAAUUGGAAUAUUUCGUCCAGCAAUUGUAAUAUCAACUUAUCGAGAACCCAUUCAAGGAUGGGUUGAUAAUAUAUACGGACCAAUUGGAAUUGGAAUAGGCAUUGGAAUUGGAUUAAUACGAGUACUACAUUGUGAUGGUUCAGUAAAAGUUAGUUUAGUACCGAGCGAUAUGGUGAUCAACGGUUUAAUCGCUAGCGCCUGGGACAUUGCAUAUAAUCUAAGAUUGAACGACAUUCCUAUUUACAAUUAUGUAUCUAAGGAUAAUCCAAUAACUUACGACGAUUUAAAAGACAAGGCUGUCAAAUAUGGAGUACGAUUUCCUACUGAAAAAGCAAUUUGGUAUUAUAGCUUUAGAAAUAUAAAACAUCGGUUGGUCUAUAUUUUUUACAUGUACUUUCUACAUUUAUUACCAGCUCUUAUUGUGGAUACGUUCGCUUUGUGCAUCGGUAAACAGCCAAAGUUACUUAAAAUAUAUAACAAAGUUCAUCAAUUUUCGGACGUACUUGAUGUAUUUUCUACAACCGAAUGGCAUUUUACGAAUGAAAGAUGGGAGGAACUGUUAAAAAAAUUAACAAUGGAAGAUCGCCAAUUGUUUUUCUGUGACAUAAAGGAACUAAUAUGGGAUACUUUUUUUAAAAAUUAUAUGUUAGGGAUAAGAUUAUACGUCUUAAAGGAUCCUAUUGAAACGCUUCCACAAGCACGUAUAAAAUGGCGAAGGCUUUACUGGAUUCAUCAAACAUUGAAACUUAUUAUCGCCUCUGUUUUUUUAAUGGUAAUAUGGACUAUAAUUUUGAGACUAUUUGCAAUUAUUGACUAUGCGUAAAAUUAACACAGUGAUAUCAAUUAUGGCAACCGAAAAAAAAAAUCGUAACUGAUACGUUUUGCCAAAAUAAAAAAAUUAAAGAUCUGUUUUAUUAAAUGCAUCCAUAAUAAAUGAGAUCAUUUAUGGGAUAAAGAUACAAUUAAUAUGGGGAAAAAUGCAUUUUUGUUUUCGUAAAAUUUCAUAUGGAUGUUGAUAUUUGAUUUUCUUUCUCUUUUGUUAUUUAUUAAAUUACUUACUUGUAAAAAGUAAAAUAAAUGUAAAAAAAAGGCUUAAUUUUUAUCUUUUGUAUGUUUUCAUUUUGAACGAUACAACAGACUUCGAUCAAAACCUUACUAAAUACAUAUUUUUGAAAGACAAUAUAUUACGAUCAUAUUGCACUUUGACAUUUACUGGGAAGAAACGAAAAUUAGUAUGAAAUAAAAAGUUCAAUAAUUGAGCGUCGGAUUCAACGUCUAUAUCGUUGUAAUCACUAUAAAAUCUUCAUUCUUUUGUUUUCUUUUAUUUUUCUUUUUGGAAUGCGCUCGAAUGCAAUAGUCUGGAUUUUCAAAAAUCCUACAAAAAUAUCAAUUUUUAAUUUUUGAAUUUCGAGUCAUAAAUCGUUGCAUAUCGAUAGGAUUAAAGAUGAGAUGAGACCAAUUGUUUGUAUCUGUCUUUACAGUUCAAUGCAAGAAUAAGAAAUAUGCUGGAAAGAAUAGAAAUUUCCUGUAAAAGUGAAGUACAAUAUAAACAUCUAUUUAAAAAAAUAGAAUACUGUAUAUAUAUAAUU